AUGGCAGAACGUGUUCCUCUCAUCCUCGGGUCUGUUUUCAUUGCACUGUUAGCCUACAAGUUUUUCAGACCAAAGAAGGCCUUCGGCGACGUACCUGGUCCAGUUCCGCGCUCGUGGCUUUUUGGCAACAUGCUCGAACUUCAACUCUACUCGCCUUACGGGAAGCACGAGUUUGAGUGGCAGAAGCAGUACGGGCCCAUUUACAGCAUCAAAGGCUGCAUCGGGGAGGACCGUCUCAUGGUGUCUGACACCACUGCUCUGCGGGCCAUCUUGGCAGACACCGGCGACUUCAGAAAAUCUCCCCAGCACCAGCUCGUAAACAAGGAAGUCUUCGGUGAUGGAAGCGUGCUUUACGUUCAUGGUGAACAGCAUCGGCGUAUCCGCGCUGUGAUGAACCCAGCGUUUUCGACCGCGGCUAUUAGAGCGCGCGUGCACUCUCUCCAGGCAUGCGCACAACACCUAUCAGAAAAAUGGGAAGCACGCCUCGAAUUUCAGUCUACGGCAGGCAUAUUCGAUAUCUUCCAGGAUAUACACGAAACGACUCUCAGCGGAGUUACUGACGCUGUUAUGGGCUACGACGUUACGAAUGACAAGGAGUUUACCAAAGCUUACAAGAAUCUCGUAAUUACUGGCGCGAAGAGGUCAAAAAUAGCGAUCGUCGCACAUGCGGUGCUUCUGGCUCUUCCACCGUGGGCCAUCGACGUCCUCAAGCUCUUCCCACCGAGGGACUUUAAAACGUUGCUUAAGCACUGCAAUGCGUCCCAGAGACGUGCCGAUAUCUUCUUGAAGAGCCAGAUCGAGGCGAGGAAACUCGGAAUAGAGCCAGAGAACGACCUUUUUAACGUGAUGCGUAAGAUGAUGUCCCGUAUUUUGAUAUUGGAGCCCCAUUUAAGACAUCGACAAGUCGACUCCCAUAAGGCCUCCGCAGAAGUUUCGUUGCAGGAAAUUAAGGAUCAAUUCGGCACCAUCACCGUCGCAGGUGAGGAUACGACUGCCAACUCCAUCGUGUGGGCUCUUUACCAGCUCGCCAAGAAUCUGGACUAUCAAAAGAAAAUACGCGAAGAAUUCGUUGAAGCCCAGGAGAACAAGAGGAAGGAAGGACUCGAAUUCUACGAGAGCUUGCCCUUCCUCAAUGCCCUGGAAACUCUAAGGUUCUAUAGCAUGGUCCCUUACUCGGAACGUAUUGCGAUCAAGGACACCGUCAUCCCCGUCUCUCAGCCUAUUACCACGCGAAGCGGGCAGCAGAUCACCCAAAUUCCGGUCAAGAAAGGGCAGUACGUCCAAAUUGCUAUAAGCUCCUACCAUCGUCUGUCCUCCCUCUGGGGCCCCGAUGCUGAGGAAUUCAACCCCAUGCGCUGGCUUGAUGGCAGGACGAAGCUCGGAGAUAAAGCCCUGGGGCCAUAUGCCAAUCUGCUUACGUUCUUGGGUGGUCCCCGUACUUGCCUUGGAUGGCGUUUCGCCGUUCUCGAGAUGCAGAUCGUGCUGUGCGAGCUCGUCAGGAAGUUCAAUCUUGCAUUGCCCGAGAAUUCCACUAUUGAGACUGCGCACGCGAUCUCUUUGGUUCCCAUCCACAAUCGCGGCGACGUGGAGCUCCUGUUGUGCAUCUCAUGCGCCUAG